AGCCGGGGGAGAGGGGGAGGGGCAGGGUUGUUUGCUUUUGUUGCAGAUUGGGUCACAUCUGGACUGGAGGAUGCCACUGCACUUGCCUCCUGCCUGUUGGAGCUUGCUGUGGGGCUCGUGCGCGCUCAAAGUGGCGUCCUUGUGUUUUCAUCUACCAAGUCACAUAUUCCCACAUUUUCAACUGGAUUAACCAUUCAAGCUCUGUGCUUUUUUGAAACUACCUCCCGUCCUCAACAAGAAAGUGCUGUGUGUGUUCUUGUGAUCCUCAAGUUGGAGGUAGUGGUACUGGGAAGAAUUGAAUAUUUGUCAUGGAUGAUGAUGCUUUCAAGUGUAAUUUGUGCUCAAAGGAGUUUAUUCGAAAAUACCAUCUGGCAAGGCAUCAGUUGACAUGUUCUAAAGAGCAAAAGAAUCAUUUUAAAUGUGCCAUAUGUGAUGAGGCCUUUGGUCGCAAAGACAAUCUUCAGAAACAUAUAGCAAAUUUUCAUCCGCACUUAAAGUGUCGUAUAUGUGAUGCCAAAUACUUAAAUCGAAGUGAACUUCAAGAUCAUCUAACCAAUAAGCAUCUAUCAGCAGAAAAUCAGAGGAAGAUCUUGCAUUGUGAAAAAUGUAACAUCACUCUAUCUUCGACUCGGGAAUAUGCUCAGCAUGUCUUGGAUUGUGGGGUCCUUGAAAGUAAGAAAAGAGCCACCAUUAACUAUUCAAGAGAAUGUGACAAGUGCAAAACUGUUUGUUCUUCUGCAUAUGCUUUCAGAAAGCAUACAAGCAAGUGUGGGAAGGAGGCUGAUUCAGAUAAGGAAUUAAGUAAGAGGGAAUGUGUUGUGGAGGGUUGCCAUCAGCUUUUUUUCCACACAACGGCUAUGAUAAGUCACAUGAUAGAUGAUCAUAAUACGGAUGUUGAAUCUUUUGAGUAUACCUUAGAGUCAUUUAAUGAAUUUGAGAAGUGGAAAGAACAGAUUGAAGGUGAUACCUGUACGUCUUUCACUGCUCCUGGUGGUUUGAAGAAGACCGACAAAUUUGUGUAUAGAUAUUAUACUUGUCAACUUGAAGCUCCAGAUACAACACACCGUAAAAGUGGAAUGGUACCCCGCAAGACAUCAAGAAGGUGGCAAACAAGGGGUUGCAUCCCCAAGGGUCAAUCUUGCCCAGCUCGAAUGUUGGUAAGAGAAGAUAUUGAGACUAAGAAGGUAGUUGUCACUUUUGUUGAAUCUCACAACCAUGAGAUAGAUUAUAAGCAUAAUAAGUACCGCAAGGUCCCCAAGUCUGUCAGGCUAACAAUUAUUAGUCUUUUAACUCUUGGAAUGGAGCCAAAGCACAUCAAAUCAUUGUUGAGAGGGAGAGUUGGAGCACUAGAUCAGCGGGAUGGGCAAGUAAAACCAAAGAAAGAGCAUUUCAUCAAUGAAAUGUAUAUACGGAGACUAAAAUAUCAUCUGAAAACAGGAAAAAGAUAUCAUUCGAGUGAUAGUAUGUCAUUGGACAUUCAUGUUAGAAAUUUAAUUAACACUGCUAACUUCAAGCAAAGUGAGGAUGAUGAUGAAGUAUUUAGUCCUGUUUUACUGUAUAAGCCACAAGGUGCAGAAGUUGUUCUGGGACAUGAAUCUCUCAAUCGUCUUUCUAAAGAUACCCUUCUUCUGGGCAUUCAGAGCCGAGAGCAGUUGAAAAUGUUACAGCAAGGUGCCCAAACAGUUGUGUGUAUAAAUUUUACUUAUAAAAUCAGUCAGUAUGAUUUUUAGUUGUGUAAUAUCAUUGUACCAGAUGAGUUUGGUAAGGGUUAUCCUGUUGCCCAUUUCAUAACUAAUAAACAACAUGAGGAGACAUUAGUUGAGGGUCUGAAAAGUAUUAAACUAAGAUGUCCAGAUUUACGGAUAAAUUUUUUGAUGACUGAUGAUGAUCAGAGUGAGUGGAAAGCUAUGCAGAGGGUUUUUGGUUCUGUUGAGUC